AUGGUGCGCUGUAACAUGACGCAGUACGGUGGCAAACCCGCAGGCGCAUGCACGGCCGCGCUCUUCCUCAAGAGCCACGUCAAGGGCAUCGAGGGCGACGAGCCGAGCGUGAGGUGGGCGCACAUCGACAUUGCGGGCACGAUGGAGUUCACGCGGACGCACCCGUACCAGGAGAAGGGUAUGACAGGGCGGCCGGUGCGCGCCCUUGUUGAGUGGAUCGAUCUCGCUGAGAUACAUGUGCUUCAGCUUACGAAUUUGUCGCAGGUCCCCCGCACGUUCGUGCAGUAA